AGGCACCGCCCAGGGCCCUCCCGCACUAGCCAAUCGUCGCUCGGCGCCUGGGGCGGGGGCGGACUCGCGCGAGUGAUUUAACAUGGCGGAAAAUGGUGUCUUGGCGGCUCCGAGCCCGCGGGGGCGUGCGGAUGGGGAGGACGCGGAGCCCCCGGAAGAGCGAAUGGCAGAAACGCCGAGAGAUGAUCAGGAGCAGUUUGAGUGCCAGGAACUGCUGGAAUGUCAGGUGCAGGUGGGGGUCCCGGAGGAAGAGGAAGACCCGGGCCUAGUGGCCGAGGCCGAGGCGGUCGCUGCUGGCUGGAUGCUCGAUUUCCUCUGCCUCUCUCUUUGCCGGGCCUUCCGCGACGGCCGCUCUGAGGACUUCCACCGGACCCGCGACAGCGCAGAGGCUAUUAUUCAUGGGCUGUCCAGUCUAACCGCUUAUCAGUUGAGAACUAUAUUCAUAUGUCAGUUUUUGACAAGAGUUGCAGCAGGAAAAACCCUUGAUGCACAGUUUGAAAGUGAUGAACGAAUUACACCCUUGGAAUCCGCCCUGAUGAUUUGGGCCUCAAUUGAAAACGAACAUGACAAACUUCAUGAAGAAAUACAGAAUUUAAUUAAAAUUCAGGCGAUAGCUGUUUGUAUGGAAAAUGGCAAUUUUAAAGAAGCAGAAGAAGUCUUUGAAAGAAUAUUUGAUGACCCAAAUUCUUAUGAGCCUUUAAAAAGGAAAUUGCUUAUGGUAAUCUCUCAGAGAGAUACAUUCCACUCCAUUUUUCAACACUUCAGCUACAACCACAUGAUGGAGAAAAUUAAGAGUUAUGUGAGUUGUGUAAUAAGUGAAAAAUCAUCAGCCUUUCUUAUGAAGGCAGCAGCAAAAGUAGUGGAAAGUAAAAGAGCAAGAACAACUUCUCAAGAGAAACCUGAUGGUAACAGUAUUGAAAUGGAAACUGAAGCUAAUUUGGAUGUAGGAAAAAGUGUUACUACUGACAAAAAGUCUGCUGGAACUGAAUCCUCAGAGGGUACAGUAUCUUUAUUGAGGUCUCACAAGAAUCUCUUUCUAUCUAAAUGGAAACACAGAAGCCGACAGCAAGAUUUUAAUAAGAAAGAGGAAAGAGUGGAAACUCUUCAAAGUCGGGAAGCUGAUACAAAAAGAGAUUAAGUAAAUUGCACGUGGUCACAGAAACAGUGAACAGAAAUAGAAUUUGAAAUUAGACAUUCUUUUUUUUUAAGUAAACUCUAUGCCCAAUGUGGGGCUUGAACUCAUGUUGCCAAGAUCAAGAGUUUCAUGUUCUUAACAACUGAGUCAGACGGGUGAAAUUAGACAUUCUGACUGAACAGCCCAUACCUUUAAUUGCUGGACUAGACUACUCCAAUGGAAGAAUAGAUAGCCAAAUAAAAAUUUAGAAAAAUGUGAUCAAGUUACAUGUUACUUUAAAAUAUAUUUACAUUUAGUUUCAGGGGCACCUGGGUGGCUCAGUUGGUUGAACAUCCGACUUCGGUUCAGGUCGUGAUCUCACAGUUCAUGGGUUUGAGCCCCGUGUCAGGCUGUGUGCUGACAGCUCAGAGCCUGGAGCCUGCUUCGGGUUCUGUGUCUUCCUCUCUCUCUGCCCCUUCCCUGCUCACACUCUGUCAAUCUCUCUCUGGAAAAAUAAAUAAACAUUUAAAAAAAAUUUUUUUAAUUUAUUUACAUUUAGUUUCUAAAGAAUGAAACUGAAAAAUUCACUGACUUUAUGUAAAUACUUCAUGUUUCAUAAGAAGUAUAUCAGUAAUCUAUAUGAUUCCUCCAAAAUGAAGGAUAAAGAAUAUGAACUGCUUCGAGAGGUCGGGUCAGGUUGCCUCUGUAAUCAUAGAUUUAAACCUUAGACUGUUGAUUGAUUUUUAUUUAAAAAGGGUGAGAUUAGCAAAAAAAAAAAAAAAAGAUCUCCCCCAGUUACCCAGUUUUUCUUAGUUUCAUUUCAUAUGUUCAAGGUUUGUAGCAUUCUUUUCUAGCCAUAAUUCCCAAAGUAGUUUAAUCUGUAUUUAAAUUGAUUUAUUGCUUACUACUGACCCUUUGACCAUGAUGUCCCCAUUCCUUAACUCUUGUUGGGCUAUGGUUUUUUAAUCUUUGUUUAUUUUUGAGGGAGAGAGAGAGAGACAGAGACAGAGCGUGAGUGGGGGAAGAACAAAGAGAGAGGGAGACACAGAAUCCGAAGCAGGCUCCAGGCUCUGAGUUGUCAGCACAGAGCCCUACACAGGGCUUGGACCCAUAAACUGUGAGAUCAUGACCUCACAUGAUCAUGAGCUGAAGUCAGAUGCUCAACCGGCUGAGCCACCCAGGCACCCCUUGGCUAUGGUUUUUUAAAGAUGGGAUUAUAGGUGUUAUAAUUUCUAAAGAUUUACAUCACUGAGAAUGUCUAUUCUUUUUUCUUUUUGGGAUGAGAAAGGGAAUUUACUUGCUCAUGAUACUUCUAAGUUCAGAUAUACAUCACCUUCAGGUGUGGCUGGAUCAUGCUCCUCAAGCAUUUUCAUCAGACCUGCUUCCUCUGUGUCUCUCAGCUCUGCUUUGCUCUGUUGGCCUCCCCUCUAGGAGGACCUCUUUUUCUUUUUUUUAAUUGAAAUAUAGUUGACACAGAAUGUUACAUUAGUUUCAUGUAUAGAGAAUAGUUAUUAUAACAACUCCAUACAUUAUGCUAUGCUCACCCUAGGGGUAGUUACCAUCUGUCCCCAUACAGUGUUAGUGCAAUGCCAUUGACGUAGGGAUCUAUGCUAUAUCUUGAAUCUGUAGUGUUUUUUGCUUAAAGGGAAAUUUGGCUAAAUGUAAUAUUCUUUGGAAAUAGUUUUUUUUAUAACUUUAUGGAUAUCAAUUCAUUAUUUUUUUACUUUGUGAGGGCUGCUGUGGACAAGUCUGAUGCCAACCUGACUUUCUCCCCACUUUGUAUAUGAGUUGCCUUUUAUUUCUAGAUUCACAGAUCUUUUUUAAUAUUUGCACUUAAUACUAUAAAUUCCCCUUUAAUUACUGCUUUAGUUUUAUCCCACAGAUUUUGAGAUGUUGUUUUUUCAUUUAGUUCAAAAUAUUUUUUCAUUUCCCUUAAGACUUUUUCUUUGACUUACAGCCUAUUUACAAGUUCUUUGUUUAAUUUCCAAAUAUUGAAAGGUAUUCCAGAUAAUCUUUCUCUUAUUGCUUCCCAAUUUAAUUCUGUUUGGGACUGAGAAAAUACUUUGUAGGAUUUCUUUCUUUUUUUAAGUUGUUUGUUUUAUGGUGCGUAAUAUGGUCUGUCUUGGUGAGUGUUGAUGUACACUUGAGAAGAAUGUGAAUUCUGUUGUUGAAUGGAGUAUUGUAAAAUGUCAGUUAGGUCAAGUUGGUUCAUAGUGCUGUUCCAAUUUGGGUAUGCUUAUUUUUGCCUACUUGUUCCACCAGUUUCUGAAAGAGAAUACUGAGACCUCCAACUGUAAUGAUUAAUUUAGUUAUUGACCUCUGCUAAUUUAUUAAUUUCCUUUUUGUUUUUAUAGUCCUCUAGCACCUGUUUAAACAAUUUGCAAUAGGAAAAUCUCUGUUCAUAACUAGUGUGUUUUCCAUUUUCCUGGUUGGAGCCUGACUAGCAUAUACGGUCUGUUCCUGCAACAAUACCAUAUUGUAUCAAUUACUGUAGUUUUAGAAUAACUCCUUAUGUGAUAGAGCAGUUCCCUUUAUCUUACAGAAAUAUUUUGACUGUUCUCGGUGUUUUGGUCUUCUGUGUUGUCAGGAAAAAACCCAACUUCAUAGAGGAUUCUGCAGGUGCCACAAGUAGACAAUAAGACCUAACAAGUCAGAGCAAAACAGUUUGUUAUAGCACAGCAAAUAGCAUGGCGUCCACAUAGUUGUGCUGAUUCCUUUAUCCCAAGUCCCAUAGACAGUGUAAUGGCCCCAGAUAGACACUGUGUAGGCAAUGGGUUGUAUGGUAACUGAGGAACUUGAUGCCAAGGGCCUAGCACUUUUUGAAUAAGCAGCAAAACAUGAUAGCAAACAAGCUAGUUUCCCCCCCGCCCUCCCCACCCCCCCCCCUCCC